AUGUUCCAUGCUCCUAUUUUGCGUGUGAGGAAAAGGUCGAGGCCAGCGGAAGGUGACGUUCCCAGGCCUGAAGACGUGAAGUUUGAGGAUGUCAGACUGUACCUGGUGGAGAGGAAAAUGGGCCGCAGCAGGAGAAGCUUUCUGACCCGGCUGGCUAGGUCAAAGGGCUUUAUUGUGGAAGACGUCCUCAGUGAUGAGGUCACUCAUGUGGUGUCAGAGGACAGCCACGCUUCAUCCCUGUGGAAGUGGCUAAAGGAGCGUUCCCCAAAGAAUCUCCAAAACGUGAAUGUGUUAGACAUCAGCUGGUUCACUGACAGCAUGAGAGAGGGGAGACCUGUUGUUGUGGAGACCAGACACCUCAUUCAGGACAAUUUGCCCACAUUGCCAGAAGGUUCUACAUCCGCUCCUGUGACCACCGUUUCUCAAUACGCCUGCCAGAGAAGGACGACGACCGAAAACCAUAACAAGAUAUUCACAGAUGCUUUUGAAGUGCUGGCCGAGAGCUCGGAAUUCAGAGAGAUGGAGGGUCCAUGCCUGGCAUUCAGGAGAGCGGCGUCUGUCCUGAAGAGUCUGCCCUGGGCGGUGCAGAGCCUCGGGGCCACUCGGGACCUGCCCUGCCUGGGGGAACACACCAAAGCAGUCAUGGAGGAGGUCCUUCAAUGUGGCCGCUCGUUUGAAGUCGAGAAAAUACUCUCUGAUGAAAGGUAUCAAACACUUAAGCUGUUCACGAGUGUGUUUGGGGUUGGACCUAAGACGGCUGAGAAGUGGUAUCGCAGAGGGCUGCGCUCAUUCACUGACGUUCUGGCAGACCGCGGCAUUCAUCUAAACCGGAUGCAACAAAGUGGUUUUCUGCAUUAUGGAGACAUCACCAGGGCUGUCAGCAAAGCAGAGGCCCGAUCCCUGAGGAACGUUAUUGACGAAGCCGUCCGUGCGGUCUCACCAGCCGCCACACUGGCACUGACAGGUGGCUUCCGCAGGGGCAAGGAGUUUGGUCAUGACGUGGACUUUAUCGUGACCACACCGGAGCCGGGGAGAGAGAAGAGUCUGCUACCCAACGUUAUUAACGGACUGAAAAAGCAAGGCAUUCUGCUGUUCUGUGAAUACCAGGCGUCCACCUUUGAUACGGCUAAGCUUCCCAGCUACAGGUUUGAGGCCAUGGACCACUUUGCAAAGUGCUUCCUGAUCUUGCGGCUGGAGGCCAGCCAAGUGGAGGGAGGUCUCCACUGUGCCGAGGGGGACGGCAGGGGUUGGAGGGCAGUGCGUGUGGACUUGGUGUCGCCACCAAUGGAUCGUUUCGCCUUUGCUCUCCUGGGCUGGACCGGCUCCAGGCAGUUUGAGAGAGACCUGAGGAGGUUCGCUCGAGUAACGCAGCGGAUGAUUCUGGACAACCACGGCCUGUACGACAAAACCAAGAAAGAGUUCCUGGCAGCCACGACUGAAAAGGACAUCUUCGCCCAUCUGGGUCUUGAGUACAUCGAGCCUUGGCUGAGAAAUGCGUAGGUCUCGGCUGUUCCCUGACUGGAUGGCAGCCGUGCGCACAUCACUGUUUAUCCCAUCUGCUUACCAUUCUGCGGCUCUCCUGUGAUUCAUUUUCAAACAGCUUUUGAUUUCCAUGCCGUUUUGUUUUUGUUGUUAUCGUUAUUGUCCUUCUCGUUGUCUAGACCGAUGUAUGAUUCAUAAUUCUGCUUAUUCACUAUUGUCUGUUAGCGAGUAAACACUCCCCUAUGCAAUUCACGGCUUGCCUGUCUCUGAGUGUUAUAAUCAUAGGCGGGACACAAAGACAAAUCAGUCCGAGUGUGAAUCCCCUCGGGUGCCUGCAAGGUGCAGGCGGAGGAAAGAGGAAAUCUGAAAUAAACACAGAGGAGAGGGAAAGAUGGAAGUGGGUGACCACAGAGAGAAAGGCAGGGUGAGGAGGAAGACAGGAAGCGAUGAGAAAAGGGAAGGGGAGAGCGAGCUUUUGUUAAGCAAAAUGUUGUAAUCACCCUCCUCCUGGCAGGAAAGUGCUUGAUGUGAAGCUGAGCCAGGUCUCUGGGGGAAUCGAGAGGCGGGUAAUGAGCUUCAGAUAGAGGAGCGUUCGCUGUCGCCAUUUAGCCCCCAUUGAUGCCUACGUCCACUGGAGAUCAUUUAGCUGGCAUGCAGCAAUCCAAAGACCCACAGUCUCUGCUCUUGUUCCACAAUGAAUCCCCUUUCCCAGAUGCUCAGAUGAAAUUAGAGGCAAUCAACUAACCGGGAAAUCAAGAAGAAUUCAGACGGAAGGUAAAUUAGUCCACUAAACACAUGAAUGGGUCUCGGCAUUCAAAGCAACUCUGACUCCAGUGCAUAAAACAUGUAUUACGUUAUUGGUUUGACUUAGUCUUAGGUUUAAUAUAUGAUGCUUGCUUAUCAAGAUUUGUGUCCUUAUUUUGUCCGUACCGUGGCUGUGUAGGACAAUAAUUCACCAAUGCGGAAACUUUAUUGAUCCCUGUGAGCAACUUGGGUCAUUCUGACUUGUUC